GUUGCAUCAACUCCAGUAUGAGUCAUGAGAUACACUUUUCAGUUCAUGAAACACAACAGUAAUCCUCAAAUUCUCUCUCUAAAUUUAAACUACUAAAUGAAGAAUCUAAAGAAAACCAGUUGUUUAGUCUGGAUUGAAGCCUACCCUAUUUGUACAAUCAAUUCCCUUGUCUUGUUUCAAUUUUGAUUCAAAGAGAAAAAAUCAUCAUCCACUUGCAACCAACACAAUUUGGUAUCAAAAUGGGCCUGUCAAGUCUCCCAGCACCAUCUGAAGGAGUGUUAUGUGUGCUUCUUGUAAACACUGCCUUGUCUAUAUCCAUAUUCAAAGGCAUUGUUAGGACAAUUCUACAAAUUGUCGGUAUCCGCGUUUCGUCGUUGUCUCCUUCACCAGACAUCUCCCGAAACCCACCUGAGCCAUUAGAAUUCAACCUCAGCCCCUCGGAGGGUUUCAUUGAAGAGUUCAGAAGCAGGACACCAACACUUAGGUUUGGCAGCAUGUGUGGCAGUAAACAACCUCAACAUGAAUGUUGUUGUGUGUGUCUCACAAAGUUUGAACCAGAAUCUGAGAUAAACUGUUUAUCAUGUGGCCAUAUUUUUCACAAAGUGUGCAUGGAGAAGUGGUUGGACUAUUGGAACAUUACAUGCCCACUUUGCAGGACUUCCUUGAUGCCUGAAGAUGAUGCAUCUUGCUUUUGGUAAAAACACAUGUACAUAUAAAAGAAAAGAGAUAUAUUCAUGUACAGUAUAUAUUGUAUGUACAUAGUUGUGGCAGUGUUGAUGUUCCCUUGGUCUUGGCUCUAACUUUUUUAACCCUUUACUUUUUUAUGAUUGUUAAAGUGUGUGGAGGGUCUUGUUUUCCUUUGUUUCUCUGUAUCUGGUGUUGCCACAUAUGAGUCGAGGGAUCUACUUUUUUGGGAUAAUUGUGUUUGUCCAUAAUAUCCUCUUGAUAUGUAAACAGACAUCAUAUACAGACCCUUUUGCUUUUGCCACAUGUA